AUGAGGCGUCGACUUCGCCGGUGCGCUUGUGAAACAAGAGCAACCUUUAAGUGGCCACUUUUGAAGAUUUUUCUACUAGUGGGCCACAUUGUUCCCCCUCCUCCACCAGCAGCCGGCGAGACGGUUAAGGAGAAAACCGUCGUGGAAAUAUCAAAACGGCAACACCUUGAUGCUACCGUCCUCCAAUGGAUAUAUGAGACUAUUUCUCACGAUCUCUUGGGCACCAUUAUCUUCCCUGACACCACAUCCAUGCAAGCUUGGGAAAGCCUUCGAUUGGUUUUUCAAGACAACAAAACUUCAAGGGCGGUUUACUUGGAACAUCAAUUCAAUGCCGUCAAACUCGACAACUUCCCGAAUACGGACUCAUAUUUCCUCGAGCUUAAAACCUUCGCUGAUCAGCUUGCCGACGUCGGUGCUCCGGUGUCAAACAAUAGACUUGUGCUCCGUCUCAUCGCAGGGCUAAAUGCCAAUUAUGAUGGUAUGGACAUCUCCCUAUCUCGUGCUAAACUGAUCCCACCCUUCACAAAGGCUCGGUCCAGCCUUAUACUGGAGGAACUCCACAAAGACAAUCAAGCGGAGCAUGGUGUCGCCAUUGACGCCACUGCCCUCCUGACCACCAACGACUUUGACGGUCACAAUCCCUCUGCUCCCUGUCACAAUCCACCUCGGAGGGGUGGUCACAAUGGGGGUAACAAUGGAGGUCGUGGUAAUCAUGGUGGCAAGAAAGGCAGACGUGGCAAGAAUAGGGGCGGCCACACCAGCAGCAACGUCGGGUCACCAGUCGCCGGCGGUUACAGCAGCAACAGAAAUGGGGUUCGUGGCAGUGGGUCCCUCAUGCACUCCUCCAAUGACACAAAAUUGGGCGGUCCCCCCCUUGCCCCUAUCCAAUGA